CCCUUGGCAAUGCCCUAGUAACCACUGAGAGAGUACACAUAAAAAAACAUGUUAAAAAAUGACAUCCGGGUCUCUUCAUAAAUAAAUUAAUAAGCUUUUCUAAAAUAUAUUUUUGUAUUUGUUAAUGCUAACGCAUAUCACAGUGUCCGUUCCUUCUGGCGUCUGGCUCAUUUGAACAGUUUGAUAUGAGUUGCUAAGGAGGUUUAAAAAAAACAUAAAAUAUAAUUGCAACAGAUGAAGCAGAUGUGGUUUUCUCUGAAUUUGGGGAAUAAAUUAAAAUGCAGUAAAAAAAAAAAAAAAAAUCUGACUUCUACACAAUAUUGAAUAUUCAGCAAUGGAUUCGAAGAAAGACCGAGGUCAAGAAACUGAAAAUUAUACAAAAAUUACAGAUGUGUUACUCAAGUCGAAAACUGGGGAAUUUGACUUGGAAUCAAUUUUGUUCCUAAAGCUGAGAGGUCUUGGCAUCUAUGAUCUUGGAUGUAUUGGAGACUGCAUAAACCUGGAAAGAUUGGACCUUUCAGGAAACAACAUUACAAGCUUAGCACCUCUGGCUUCCCUAAGACUCCUUCAAGUGCUCAAUGUUUCUGGAAACAGAAUCACCAAUUUAGAGGCCAUUAGCCACUGUCACCAUCUGCAGAGCCUCAAUGUGGCUGGCAACCUUAUUAGCAGUAUUGAAAACCUACAGUGUCUUCUGGGUUUAAGAAAGCUGGAGAAUAUUAGACUCAAGGACUGUCUCUACAACUUCAGCAAUCCAGUGUGCAAGAACGUAUCCUGUAGAAACAUAAUACUAGAAAUGUUUCCAAAUAUCAAGGUGGUGGAUGGGGAAAGGGUGACUGGCAGAGGCAGUGAUUUAUAUCAGUUAUGCAGAGACAUCGAUGACUCAUUGAAAGGUCUUUAUAAAAACGGCUCUGUGGCAGACAUACCAGACUGCAAGCCUUGGGUCGAAAAGGGUUAUUGGGAUCUGAAGCGUUCGAACAAUGCAAUCAUUGACGAAGCCUACAAACAAUUUAAUGAUGUUCUGCACGAAUGCAAACUGCUCAACAACAGGGCCUCCCAUGUAAUUACUCAAACAGAAAGAGCUUUGAGCAACACGAAUCCAACAAAGCACUAUGUGCUGUAAAACAUCUGUGUAACUACAUUGUGGUACACAACCAUUACUCCUCAAAAUGCAUGCUUUACCAUCAUAUCAUUAUGUAGACCUUCCUUUUGUUGGGCACACAGCCUCAGUGUCCAUACUUCUUGGAAAAGAGUAGUCUACAGUGUUACACUAUUUCUACCAGUCCUAUCUUCACACAUGGCAAUGAAAUCCCAAACAAUUAAAUACCUGGGACCAUUUAAUUAUGUGACAUUCAAACUGAGAACAUAGGAAGGUAUUCAUGUUGUGAAUAAAAAAACAUAAUAUGCACUUUUUUAGACUAUCACAAUGGACUUCUGGUCUAUAAAAUCAGUGCUUCAGUGUAUGUAUUUUUUGUAUCGAUAUUGUAUUUCCAGUAAGUCAUGCUCUUUCUCCAUGGGUUUUUUAUGAUUUAAAAGUUUAACAUUAUUUAUCAGAAUUUUUUUUGGUACAUGCACAAAGAAACGUACCUGCGCAUUUUUACUAUAUUUUAUGCUAAAUAAAAUGUUAUUAUUCCUACCAUUGUAUUGCAUAUUGUUACUGACAAGAUACAUAUUUUAUGGUCAACCAGGGCACAUAACACAUGACUGAAAAGAUUAACUAUUAAAAUAAAAAUAAAGCUUUCUCGUAUGCUGUUUGUUUAAACAUAAUUGUCUGCAGUCAUUUUAUGGUUGAAAUCAAUCUGCUACUUGUGAUGACUAAUGAUCUGAACAUUUUAAAAGACACACCUGUCUACCUCAUUAUUAUGGUAUGUGUUUAUGUCAGAUAUAACGUUGCCAAGGACCCAUCUCAUUUAUUAAGUAAUUUGGGGCAUUUCUGUGCGGUGUUUCUGGUAUUUCUAAAUCAUUAAUGAUUUUUCAAUGUGGGCUUGAUCUGUUCUGUAAAACAAAGGUUUAUGUAUGAAAAGUAAUGAAUACUGCAUUAAUACAAUGGAACAGCAUUUGAAACUGAAA